AUGGCAGCCACAUCACAGAAGACCCUCUUUCUCGUCGGCCCUGGCCUCAUCGGUGGCUCACUGCUGGUGAAGCUCAAGGAAGUGAGGCCAGACCUAAAGCUGCAUGCCCUUACGCGCCGUGACGACCAGGCCGCCGAGCUGAAGCAGCAAGGGAUCGAGCCGGUGCGGGGCUCCUUGGAAGACGCAGACACCAUAAAGGAAUGGGUUGCCAAGAGCGACAUCAUCAUCCACACAGCCUCCGCGGACGACGACAAGGGUGCUUUUGCCAUCGUGGAAGGCCUCAAGGCACGGCCCAAGGGUUCGAAACGGGCCAUCUACAUCCAAACCAGCGGCAACGACGAGCUUGCCAACUCUGCGAAGGGCCUGGCUGCCAAUUCUGAGGGGAAGACCCUGUCCGAUCUCAACCUGACGGACGAGGACAUUGACGCGCGAAUCGCGCCGGACGCGUAUCAUCGCCACGUGGACGGGCACCUGCGGAAGGAGAUCCUCAACCCUGAGAAGGAGAAGGAGUACAAUGUCGUCUCCAGCCUGAUGAUGCCACCCCUCAUCUACGGCAUUGGCUCAGCACCUUGGCACCGGAUCUCGAUCCAGACUCCGAUGCUCACGUCGUUCAUGAUCAAGAACGGACUGGUCACAUUGCCGGAAGGCUUCUCCGGCGUGUGGAACUGCGUGUGGGUGCACGAUCUCGUGGACCAGUAUGUCGUGCUCCUGCAGCACCUCGAGAAGCUUGAGCCAGGACAGCAAAAGACGCACUACGUCUUCCCUGCUGAGAAGAAGCCUUUCUCGUGGAAGGAGCACUUUGACGCUGUCGCGGGAGAGCUGAAGAGGCUGGGCCACCCUACGGCAGAGUCAAACGGCGGCAAGCCUAGAGAGUUGAAGACCAAGGAGGAGUUCAUCGAGUUCGUUGGCGGCAAGGACAACCCGUACAGCGAGUGCUUUGGCUAUAUCGUGUGGGGGACCGAGAACAGCUACACCAGCCCUGACCUGACGGCGAGCCUCGGGUUCAAGCACAAAGCCAAGGGUGUGGUGGACAGCAUCGUCAACGGCAAGGAGCUGGAAAAGUUCAUCAAGGACCAGAUCAAUUGA